AUUGCUUGUUUAGUUCUUUGUGUGGUAUUUGCAUUCCGUCGAGACGUUCAGAAGUUGAAUCCUGAGAUUGUUCAACACAUAUUGCUUGAUAUGCCAAGUCUUGCAUUUUUCACUACGUAUGCGUUGCUGGUGUUGUUCUGGGCAGAAAUUUAUUACCAGGCUCGUGCUGUAUCUACUGAUGGGCUGAGGCCUAGUUUUUACACAAUAAACGGUGUCGUAUAUGUCAUCCAGAUAAUCCUGUGGUUAAUUCUGUGGUGGAAGCCCAUUCCCAUAGUUGUGAUUUUAUCCAAAAUGUUCUUUGCAGGUGUUUCAUUAUUUGCAGCCUUGGGUUUCCUUCUCUAUGGUGGAAGGUUGUUCUUAAUGCUGCAGCGUUUCCCUGUGGAAUCAAAAGGACGGCGCAAGAAGCUACAGGAGGUAUACCGUAAGCUGAUUGUGUUUCUUAUCGUUUGAUAUUUUUCUA